UGUGUGUGCUGCAUUUCGCGUCCGUUUUGCUCGUGUUUGUGCUCAUUGUUGCUGUGAUUUUGUCUGUCCUAUUUGCUUACUAUUAUUAUUAAUAUUACUACUAUCAUUUUUGUUGCUGUUCCCGGAGCACAGCCGCGCGACGCUUUGCCAGGCCAGUUUUUAUCAGUAUCGCGGCGGACAGGCAGCGACGAGCAUCCGCAGCAUCCGCAGCAUCCGCAAAACAAGACAACAACAAAAAAUUAAGAAAAAGAAUCUCACGGCGCGCAUUGAAAUGUUUUGAGCUACGAGUCGAGACGUCUCCCGUGGCAUACGCCUUCGUUCUUAGUGCUGUGGUGCCCGCCGUGGCGUGUGGCGUGCGUUUACGAUUCAACUACAGUUGAUAUUUGUUAUUUUUUUUUGGGUUCUUUUUUUUUUUUUUGACCGCGUGUGCUACACUCCCGCCACCUCGAUGGAGGUGCUGAAGAAAGACGCCGCCCUAGGCUCGCCCAGCAGCGUCUUCUACUUGCUGCUGCUGCCCACUUUGGUGCUCUGGUAUACCUAUUGGCGACUGUCUCGUGCUCAUCUCUACAGAUUGGCGGCGCGCCUGCCGGGCCCGCGUGGGUUGCCCAUUGUGGGGCAUUUGUUUGAUGUGAUUGGACCCGCUUCGUCUGUUUUCAAAACAGUCAUACGCAAGAGCACACCCUUUGAGCAUAUCGCCAAAAUGUGGAUCGGUCCCAAGCUGGUCGUCUUCAUCUAUGAUCCGCGCGAUGUGGAGCUGCUGCUGAGCAGCCACGUCUACAUCGAUAAGGCAUCCGAGUACAAGUUCUUCAAGCCCUGGCUCGGCGAUGGUCUACUCAUUAGCACAGGUCAAAAGUGGCGCGCUCAUCGCAAACUAAUCGCACCCACAUUCCAUUUGAAUGUCUUAAAGAGUUUCAUUGAAUUGUUUAACGAGAACUCGCGCAAUGUGGUGCGGAAACUGCGUGCGGAGGCUGGUGGCACAUUUGAUUGUCAUGAUUACAUGAGUGAGGCAACUGUGGAGAUUCUAUUGGAAACCGCAAUGGGCGUAUCGAAGAAGACCCAGGACAAGUCUGGAUUUGAGUACGCAAUGGCGGUGAUGCGCAUGUGCGAUAUACUCCAUGCCCGGCAUCGCAGCAUCUUUCUGCGCAACGAGUUCAUCUUCACGCUGACCCGCUACUACAAGGAGCAGGGCCGUCUGCUGAACAUCAUUCACGGCCUCACCACCAAGGUCAUACGCAGCAAGAAGGCGGCCUUCGAGCAGGGCACUCGCGGCUCUCUGGCACAGAGCGAGCUGAAGGCGGCUGCCCUCGAGCAGGAGGAGCGGGAGCUGCGUGAGCAGCAGCAGAGAUCACCAGCUGGCGGCGUCAAGCCCGUUGAGCUGGCCAGCCCCGUCGCCGGCCUCUCCUACGGCCAGUCGGCUGGCCUUAAAGACGAUCUGGACGUGGAGGACAAUGAUAUUGGCGAGAAGAAACGUUUGGCCUUCCUCGAUCUGAUGCUGGAGAGUGCGCAAAAUGGAGCACUAAUUACGGACACCGAAAUCAAGGAGCAGGUGGAUACGAUUAUGUUUGAGGGACACGACACGACGGCGGCUGGAUCCUCGUUCUUUUUGUCGCUAAUGGGCAUACACCAGGAUAUACAGGAUCGUGUGAUUGCCGAACUGGAUGGCAUCUUUGGUGACUCCCAGCGACCGGCCACAUUCCAAGAUACGCUCGAAAUGAAAUAUCUGGAACGUUGCCUCAUGGAAACGCUGCGCAUGUUCCCGCCAGUGCCGCUGAUCGCACGCGAGCUGCAGGAGGAUCUGAAACUGAACUCGGGACCCUAUGUUAUACCGCGUGGCGCCACAGUCACAGUGGCCACCAUAUUGCUGCAUCGUAAUCCGAAGGUCUACACCAAUCCCAAUGUCUUUGAUCCGGACAACUUUCUGCCCGAACGCCAGGCGAAUCGACACUAUUAUGCCUUUGUGCCCUUCUCCGCAGGACCACGCAGCUGUGUGGGUCGCAAAUACGCCAUGCUGAAACUGAAGAUCCUGCUGUCAACCAUCAUGCGCAACUAUCGUGUCUAUUCGGACCUCAGCGAAUCGGACUUCAGGCUGCAGGCGGACAUCAUACUGAAGCGGGAGGAGGGCUUUCGCGUGCGCCUCCAGCCGCGACAGCCGGGACAGGCGACCACAACUGGCAGCACGGCAGCAUCAUAAACUUAUGCAUAUCUUUAUUUGCAAGUGAUAGUCCCGGUCUAUACAGUAAUACUCCAUGCAUAAUACAAGCAAGAAACAAAACACCUCCCCACCCCCCACACACACACACACUACUAAAGAGCGUAGUAUGUAAUUUUUAUUGAUAUUUGAUAAAUAUUUGUUUAUCGUAGCAAUUUUCAAGCGCUGAAUUUAACAUGUAACACACACAUACACACAAAAACAUCAGCAACAAAUAUUAAUUAUAUCAUUUUUUUUUUUUGUGUUUUUAAUAAUAAUAC